AUAGAGAUAAUACGAGAUAAUAUGAGAUAAAGAUGGAGAUUAUAUUAUCUGUAUUAUAUCGCCCAGGUCACGCGCAGGAGCUCUAACCGGAAAUCCGGUUUAUAUCAGGGAGUUAGAUCAGAUUAAUAGGUGAUAAGGUCGGGGUUUGACUUGCUGCUGCUGCGAGAACAAACAAAGGGAACCCGUGUAAAUGUGUGACAGGUGUCCGGUACCGGGUUCCGCUGCAGGUGUCCGGUCCCGGGUUCCGCUGUUUACAGACGGGUUUAGGUUUUAGGUUUUAACGGAGGGAUUAUUUACCUCUCGUUUCCUCACAGGUUCCGCGCGCGCGCAGGUGGAUUCACCAUGGACUCGGCAGAGCAGCAGAAAGGUCAUGAGGCAUCUCAGAAAAGAUCUCCUCUCGACCUGAUCAUGAACCAGUUUCGGAGGAAAACCUCAUUCACGGAGAGAAAGAAGCCGUCCAUGGGCCGUCUGUUCCGACCGUCAGAGAGCAACGACAAGAAGGGAGGAGGCAUUCCUGAGGCGAAAGAGACGGAGAGCGGUGAGGAGAAGGACAGUGUGAACCCUGGAGCAGACAGCAGCAACGACAUGGAGAUCUCAUCUGUGGAGGGAUGGGGUCGCGCCAAGCAGUUCAUUCAGAAGCUCGGCAAAACCCCAGACAGCCAGAGUCUAAGUCUGAGCCACUGUGACCUCACAGCCACAGAUGUGGUGGAGCUCGGAACCCUCCUGCCAUUCCUGACCCAUCUUGAGAUUAUUGAUCUCUCCUGGAACGAUCUGCUUGGAGGUUCUCUGAAAGCUCUGAGCGUCCACAUGCAGCACCUUGGCAAGCUAAAGGUUCUGAAACUGAGUGGCUGCAGACUUACAGCAGAAGAUCUUGGAGCUCUGGGAGAGACUCUGGAUUGUGUUUCCUUGUUGGAGAUGUUGGAUUUGUCCUGGAACGCUGGGAUUGGGGGAGGAAAUCUUCAUUUUCUAACUAAACAUCUCCGCUCCAUCUGCUCUCUGAGGGAGCUUCAUCUGAUCGACUGCCAGCUCUCAGAGACCGACAGCGUUGCACUGGAGGCUCUUUUACUGCUGCCGUGUCUGGAGGUUUUGGAUUUGUGCAAUAACAAACUCCUGGUGAGAGCGUUGGAGAACAUCGGCUCGUCUUUGUGCUCCACUCCACAGCUAAAGACUCUGAAGAUGAGCAGGUGUGGACUGAAUCAGGAAAGUCUGGCUAUCCUGGGAGAGAAAAUGAAGUUCCUGGUGGGUUUGGAGAAUCUGGAUGUGUCGUGUAAUAAAGAGUGUGGAGGUGGUUUUAGUGCCAUGGCAUCCAGUUUGUCCUUUCUUACACACCUGAAAUGUUUGGACCUGCAUAUGUCCUGUCUCACGGAGGAUGACGCUCAGACGCUGGUUCAGGUUGUUCCUGCCCUGAGUGAACUCUCUGAGCUUGAUCUGUCCUGUAACAAAAGUAUUGGCACCAUGCUCCAGACUCUUUUUCCUGUUCUUCCCCGAUCCAAGAUAAAGACGCUUCACCUGAGCAGCUGCAGUCUGAGUCCUGAGGCGUGUCAGGCUUUAGCUGCCAUCAUACCGUCGCUCUCCCAGCUGCAAAACCUCAAUCUGUCAUGGAAUAAAAGUGUUGGAGGAAAUCUGCAGCAGUUUGUGGAGAGACUUCCUGCUGAGUGUAAACUGGAGGAACUGAAGCUGAGCAGCUGUGACCUAAACGCCGAUGACCUGCUGCACUUGCAAUCAGCGUGUAAGCGUGGCGUGCUGACGAAUCUGAAGCUUUUAGAUGUUUCGUAUAACGGGCGCGUGGGAGACGCCGGCUGGGCCUUGCUCUUCAGAGAAGCAGGAGGACUGAAGCAGCUACAGGAGCUGGACAUCAGCCUGCGUCCUGACGCCUGUCUGUCUGCGUCUGCAUGGAUGUCAGCUAUGAUGGACGCACUUCCUCAGCUGUCGUCGCUCCGCCGCGUGUCUAUGCAGCGCUGGACUCUAAACUCAGAGGAGAGACAGAAACUGGAAAAGAGUCUGAAGAAAAGGAACGUCUUGAUGGAAAGUGGCGAAGUGAACGUGCAAAACAUUGCAGGUUAACACGACAUGCUCUCACUCGACUGAUGUCCUGUCUUAGUUUUUUAGCUUAAUCACUAAUCUCAAAAUCUGCACCACUGUAGAUGUAGAGCAUUGACAGUUCAAGUCCCUGUGAACCUUCUAAAACAAAUGCAUCAUUGUUUACCAAAGUGUGAGCCGUGAAGGUUCUGCAGAUGGGCAGCAAAAGUGAAACAUUUCCAACUUUGUAUAUUUCUAACCUCAAAUUACUAUAAAUCAAUAAAACAAAUUAUGGCGUUUAAAUCGCAAAAAAUUACCAGCUAUACUUCUGCAAUACUUUUAUCCUCUUGUGUGUUGAUCAGAGUUGUGAUUAAAGUUUCAGAUAUGUGAUUUUAUGUAACAUGUUUGGAAGGAGUCUCCAGUGCCAGUCACUGUGAUAUAAGAGAAAUAAAACAUUUGAUUGAUGCUG